CAUCACUACUUCACUUCAAAAUUUAGCAAUGUCUCACUCUCAUACUCUUAGAUUCUUGUUCCUCUUCUUCUGUCUCAUCCAUGCACCACUCUUCUCAUCAUCAUCACAACAAGAACAAGAACAACAACCUCACAUAAUGUUACCCUCCCAACCAACACAGAAAAAACUCACGACACUGCACUUCUACUACCACGACAUCCUCGAAGGAGAGAACCCCACCGUGGUCCAAAUCAUUGACCCUUCAAACACCCCCAACAGUCUCGGAACCACGUUCAUGAUGGACAAUGCACUAACCGAAGGUCCAGAGCUGAGUUCAAAGCAAGUUGGAAGAGCUCAAGGGAUGUUCGGUUUGGCUUCCAUACAAGACCGUGGAAUGGUUAUGCUCAUCAACUUCGCUUUCUCCGAAGAAGGGGAAUACAAAGGCAGCACUCUUAGCAUGCUUGGUCGGAACCCUGUUAUGGACACCGUUCGAGAAAUGCCUAUUGUUGGAGGCACUCGCCUCUUUCGCUUUGCUUCUGGUUUUGCUAUUGCUAAGAGCCUCUGGAGUAUUUCAACGGAACAACAUUUUGUCGUUGAAUACAACAUUACUAUUUCUCUUCCAUAAGUUAGUUUACCGUAUCCAAUUAUGUAAUGUCACAUCACUAAAUCUUUUAUAUUCAUCACUUGAACAAAAAGAACAGAUAUGAUUGCCGUGUAAAA